UAUGGGAUGGGAGAUAAGUAAUAUAGACAAAGCUUUUUUUUUUGUAUUUAGAAAGAAGGUAAGAAGAGUCUGAGAUAUAUCUUUACUUCCCCCAAAAGAAAUCAAGAUCACAAAGAGGUGACACAAUGAACAAAGGUGAUUCUUCUGAUGAUUGUAUUCCAAAGUUCUUCAAAGUGUACCUACCUGAUGAUUCUGGAGAUGAUCUGGACAUACCGAUUUCUUUCAACAGCUACUUACCAAAGUCCUUGCCUGAAUACAUAAUUGUUAGAAGCAUUUAUGGAAACAUUUGGAAACUGAAGUUGAGGAAACGUUGUGGUAAUGUUGAGAAAAUUUCUAUGGUUAAUGGAUGGAAGAGAAUCGUAAAGGACGAAGAUCUAAAGGGCGGAGAGUUCUUGGGUUUCGAGUUUGAUGGCUCUCGUCUUUUCAACUUCUGUAUCUACGGCCACGCAACUUGUAAAAGGCUUGGAAAUUCAGUGAAAACUAAAGAGAGCAAAGAUGGAUCUGAGAGUGCUGAUAUCAUAGUCAUUGAUGAUGAUGAUGAUGAUGAUGAUGAUGAUGAUAAUCAAGAUUCUGGUGACGAAGAUAUCGUAGUUAUUGAUGAUGAUAGUUCUAAUGAUGUUAGUAGUGGGCAAGGUUCUGGUAUGGAAGAUCAAUCUACAAAAGAUAUCAUAGUUAUUGAUGAGGAUAGCAGUGAUGGUGAUUAUACUGAUGCCGAUGAAGAUGAUGAUGGAAGGAGUGGAGUUGAGACAGAGUUAAGAGAGUGAAGUCUACGGAUAAAAUGAUAUGCGAAGUGAAUAAUGGUCUGGCUCGUGCUCGUGACAUCAAAGUCCAUUUUAUAAGUGGAUAUAUGAAGCUUUAUGUGUUAAUAAUGUGUAAGGAUGCUAAAAUAUCUUUGGUAGGUUUUAAUCAAGACAGUUUAUCAUUUUCAGUACUCUCUGUUAUCUAUUAUAUAAUCUACCCCCUGUGGUGUUGUUUGUGUGUCUGCAACAUGUAGUGACGAAAGUCUCAUAUAAUAAGAACGUAGUAUCUGUUAUACACAGUU